CUUAAACCAAGGAGCUAAUUGAGGCAACCAUCUUUAAAAAGCUUCUUCUCUUCCUCAGCUUCCCUUCUUCCACUUUCAAAGCUCUUUUCAGAAGCUCAUAUGAUCAUGGAGACAGAUUCAGCAAACUGUGAAUGCUGUGGAUUGAGAGAAGAAUGUACUCAGGAGUACAUAAGCCAGGUGAAGGCCAAUUUUGAGGGGAAAUGGCUUUGUGGGCUCUGUUCUGAAGCAGUGAGAGAAGAAAUGAAGAGAGGUUGGAAGAAAGGAAAUGGAAAACCUGAGGAUGCUUUGAAGGCCCAUAUAUCAUUUUGUAGCAAGUAUAGAUCCAACCCAGCAGUUCUUGUUGCAGAAGGGAUGAGGCAGAUGUUAAGGAGAAGGUCAGGUAAUCUAUCUACUUCGACGGCGGCUUCGGUUUCGUCGUCACUGAAGAAGAAGAAGAAGUAGGAGAGAUCUGAAACUCUUUUGAAGUCUUAGGAAAGGUUGCUUAGGCUUGGAAUAAUGAUGUUAGUCUUUCAAUGGCUAAAACUUUCCUGCUUUGUCAUUCCUUUUUUUGUCUUAGGAUAUUAUUAUCAAAUUUUGAUUGAAAUGGAUCGCAAAAUCAUUGAAUUUAAUUUGAGAUAAGUGCAAUACAUAAAAAUUUAAUCAAUUUUGUAUUGUAUUCAUUUCAAAAUAAAUAUAAUGAUUUUGAGAACCUCAUGAUCAAAAAUUUGAUUAGAAUAGCUCGAGCCUUCCAUUUUUCUUUCUCUUCCUUUCUCAUUUAGCUGGUGGCAUGUACAAAGGAGAAUUGGGAUCAAUUAAGAUUUAGGUUUUAUUAGUUA